CCAGUUCCUAGUCUUUCCGCAAGUCGAUGAGGAAACUUUUGUUUUGUAUUACGAUUCAAUUUGCAAGAAAGAAAUUCACUAUGAAAUUGAUGCAAAAAUCAGUAGUGAAAUCUUUGCGUGAGUAAUUUAGUAAAAAGUAUUGUUUGAAUUCGAGAUAAUUGUUUAAAAUUCCAAUAGUACUGUGCCAUUGCUAUUGUUUUACUGUACGGCUAUUUGACUAGUUCUUGUGAUGUGCUUGGUCUAUCACUUGCCAGUACACCUUGUAGUCAGUAAUUCUAAGCAUAAUGAAUCUUUUCUUAGCCGCGAAACAGUAUUUAAACAGAUUUUAUCCAUUUUUUAAUGUGCCCGAUGAACCUGUGAUUCACCGCAAUCUUGCCAGUAAAAGAAUUCACGAUGAGAAUGUAAAUGAAGAUGGAUCUAACAAACGGAGAAAACUGUCGCCAAACUCCGACUCGGGCAUUCAGAGUAUAGAUCUCACUGAUUCUGAGGAAAUUUCCAGUACAACUUCUGAAGCUAUGCCGAGACAUAAAAGAGGAAAAAAUAAAUCAAAUAAAGCCGCAAAUAUCGAAACGAUAGAAAUUCUCGAUGACGAUGAUGUCGAACCGAAGAAUGAAACUGGCUCGAACUCAAAUGAUGUGGAAAGUGAAGAAGACGUUUUACCAACAGAGAAUGUUAAAAACAGUUUCCUCUCUUCACCGUCCGAUGAUAUCGAAAUAUCUAAGGUUUAUAAUACGCGUGGAUCUGCCAAUGCCAAAAGUUAUUUGUCGCUUUCGAGCAUUCAGCAUUCCAAUUCCCGUCUUCAACGCAACAAGUUGGAAAGUCGUACUUUAAGAGAGUUGAAUAACCGAUCGUCUGCUAGUAGUGGUCUUCCUUCGUUAACGUUCAAAAAAAGUUCAGCGUUGACGCGUCCAACUUCGCCACCAGCAUUUAAAGAUAAACUGAUUAAAAGUCAAUUGAGAAAAACUGCAGAUAGAGGGACGUUCCUAAAUUUGUUGAAGCAGUAUGCGUGUUCGCCAGAAGCGAAAAAUCAAAGAUUAUCAGCACGUGCUUCAUUGGUUUCCUCUACUAAAAAACCAACCAGUAUUUUUGGUUCCGCUUCCGCACAAUCAAGUCGUACUUUCAACACGUUCAAUUCUAAACAAUCCAAUCUUUCUUUGGAUUCUAAACAGUCGAAUCAAGACGUAGACUUUACUCCUACUCGUGGUGAUCCAUUAUUUCAUAGUAUGUGUUUGAGAAGUCGCCGGUCUUCAGGGUACACGUCAUCGAGUACCGCCAAUACAUCGGCUGUUAACAAAACCGUGAUAGAUUUAACUAGUGAUGAAGAUGAUGAGUCUCAGCGACAAGAAAUCGUUUCCAACGUCGUAUCAUCCGAUUAUAUCAGAAAUCUAAAAACGUCUUUUGUUGGAAAAGAUAAGAAUAUCGCCGAAGGAGAUUUUAUUUCCAAUAUUUUGAUAAAAUAUGAAGCUUCUAUGCAGUCUAAAGCCACACAAGUGAAAAAACUCCAGCAACAGAUUCGCGAACGUCGAGAUGAUUUUAAUAAAACCUUGGCAGAGAUUUUGGAGCAACGGCUAACCUUGAAAGAACACGAAGUCGAAGAAGAGGAACCAAAACCAGCAUUUGAAUUAGCUCCAAUUACUGACGUGAUGAGGGAUGCUAUUUCUCAGAUGAUUGCGUCGAGAAAAGUACCACUUGUACAAAUAAAAGACACUUCAGUCAAGGUACAAGAUAUUAGGACUUUGGAAAAUUGCGGAUGGUUGAACGACGAAGUCAUUAACGCUUAUAUGAAUUUAAUCAAAAUGCGUGCUGAAAAGAAACCAGAUAAAUAUCCUAAAGUCCAUUGUUUCAACACCUUUUUGUACGAGCAGCUGCAAAAGAAAGGAUAUAGCUCGGUUAGAAGAUGGACUAAAAAGAUCGACAUUUUCGAUUUUAAUAUGCUAAUAAUUCCUAUUCAUUUGGGUAAUCAUUGGUGCCUGAUACAAAUUAAAAUCAAAGAAAAAUGUAUACAAUAUUUUGAUAGUAUGGGAUCGCCGAAUAAUCAUUGUUUGAAAUCAAUGCUGCAGUAUUUGGUUGAUGAGUAUAAAGAUAAAAAGAAUGGAGAUUUAGAUGCCGGAGAAUGGAAACUCAUCAAUAUGACUCCUAGUGAAAUUCCUCAGCAAAGAAAUAUGUACGAUUGCGGCGUAUUCGCGUGUACCUUUGCCGAACAUUUAACAAGACAAGCACCGUUCAAUUUUACUCAAGAUAAUAUGCCUUAUUUUAGAGUUAAAAUGAUUUAUGAGAUUCUAACGGCGGAGUUAUUACUGUAAUUUUUAUCGUUUCGUGAUUCAGGUUUAUUGUUGGUUCAUGUUUUUCAAUUUCACCUACAUUAGGUCGUGCAUGUUGUAAAUUUAAUUUUUUUGAUUAUCUAGUAUUAAUUGUUACGAAAGAUCAAUUUAAUUUUGUAUAAUUUGAAGUGCUAAGAAAGAAAAUAGCGUUUGUAAAUUUAUUUUAUUUUUUGUAAAUUUUAAACAUCGUUUCAAUACAGAUUAUUGUUACGAGGGGUAUGAUUGUGAUUCUUACUACAACUCUGGAGCAGUUUGUUUCCAAUAAAAAUUUUAAUUUAUGAAUAGAA